AUGGCCCCCGUCAACCUCGUCAGCGUGAACACGGCCCCAGAGCGCGCCAAGGUCGUCAUUGGCACCGUCAUCGAAAAUGUCAAGGACAAGUACGACAUCGUGCAUGCCGGCAACAGCACCACGAUCGAGGGCGUCAAGCCGCUGUUGGAGAGCGUGCAGCCGCCGCCGGGCAUUCUGUUCUGCGCCAGUAUGUGGACACCAGAGGAGCAGGAGGAGAUCCAGCGGAUCGCGCGCGAAACCGUGCCGGGGAUCAAGACGCAUGCCAUUCCGACCGGACUCCAGGUCAAGGUCGGUCCGGACGGGGUGAUCAAGUACCUGAUGGAGCGAAUUGAUGAGAUCAUGGCGUAG